AUGGCGACGCGGAGUGUCGUGCGGCCGCAAUUGGGUGCAGUGCUGCGCACGGCAUGGCGUACGCCGCUUGGUUUGCCGCGCACGCUUGCCACGCAGAGCGACAAGCCCAACCUUCCAGUCACCGUGACCGAGUCCGAGGACGACGGCCAGGAGCCGCUCGUGUACAACCGGCCGCAGCGCCCGCGGCGGAAGCCAUGGUACACGUCUCCAGUGAUGUACGUCUUGAUGAUCGUGCCCAUCUUUACGUUCUGGCUCGGGAAUUGGCAGCUGCGGCGCCUGCAGUGGAAGCUCAAUCUGAUAGACGAGCUGGACGAGAAGCUGCGCACCGAGCCGUUGCGCCUGCCGCGCAACGUGAAUCUGGAAGUGCUCGAAGACUUUGCGUUCCGCCUCGUACAGAUCCGCGGCCGCUUCGACACGUCGCGCGUGCUCUUCCUUGGGCCGCGCACGCGCGAAGGCCAGCGUGGAUACCAGCUCGUGAUGCCGUUCAAGCGCGAGGGCGGCGGCGCCGACAUUCUCGUCAAUGUCGGCUUUGUCGCGAAUGAGUUUGUCGAAGGCACCGGCAUGGACAAGCGCCUCAAAGACCCCCUGCCCUACAGCGGCGACACGACGAUCGUGACGCUCCUGCCGCGCAUAUACCCCCCGUCGCGCUUUGCGCUGCCGAACGAGCCGCAGAACAACCUGUGGAUGCAGAUCAACCCCGCGCAGAUGGCCGCAUGGCUCAACGAGCAGGCGGGCAUCGAGCAGGCGGGCAGCGCCGAGCAGAAAGCGAACCGCUCACUGUCGCCAUCCAACUGGCUGCCGUUCCGCACGGAAAAAGCGCUCUCGCCUCACGAGGCGUUCCAGCAAAAGGCGGAGCCGGUCAUCCCGCUUUACCUCGAGCAGGUCUUUGACGGAACGUACAACGAGGCGGGCGCGCUCAUGCGCAAAGGCACGCCGGUCGGCCGCCCGGCCCGCAUCGAGCUGCGGAACCAGCACAUGGAGUACGCCGUGACGUGGUUCUCGCUAUCGGCCGUCACCUCGGUGAUGUUUAUCUACAUGGCCGUCAAGGGCCGCGCACCGUAG